GUUCUCCCGUCAGUAUUUCUUGGUGAAGCGCCGGCCUUGGAUUUCUGUUUUGGUUUGCUUGCGCUCUGUAUAAUAUGUCCAUUGAACAAGUUGAACAGUUCUACCACAAGCCUCUAAACAGAUUCACCCGAAAUUCACGGCCAUUUCGUCUGCUAGAUAUCCAAACCUGCAGCGAUCCCUCCUCUCGAAUCGAAUGCACCCUUCAACAUGCGAAUCUCCUGAAAAAGCCGCCAUUCAAAGCACUUUCAUAUGUCUGGGGAGAUGGAACUAUCAAGGUCCCGAUUCUUUUGGACUCAAAACGAUACGAUGUGACGAGAAAUUGCUAUGCUGCUCUUUUGCGUCUGCGAGAAUUAGGGGAGACAACAGUUUGGAUAGACGCUAUCUGUAUCGACCAGUCAAACAAGGAAGAGAUAUCCUCUCAGAUUCCUCUGAUGAACUAUAUUUAUCCCGCCGCGAAAGAUGUCAUUGUGUGGCUCGGUCAUGUCGAGGAGGAAAGGAAACUCAACUCACGGGAGACUGAAUCAUUGGCAGUUUCACUGUUGGGGGAAUUAUUGGUGGAAGACAUACAUAUCGAUCUGUUCUUGGACAUCGCAAAGAGCGGGAACUGUCCCGAACUUCGCUGGCAAGCAAUGAAAAUUAUCUAUGGACAUCCUUGGUUCCAACGACUUUGGACCCACCAAGAAUUAAUUCUAUCCACAAGCGCCACAUUCGUCCUGGACUUUCAUACGUUGCAUUUCGAUCAAUUCCGACUCGCCACGCAGGCUAUCCACAGAGCUUCAGACAAAUUUACUUUCAGAAAUCCCCCAGCUUACAUCACGGGAGUUUUCAAAGACGACGAAGGUUUCAAUGGUGGAUUGAACAGAGCAAGAAGCCGGACCCUUGCUUGUGAGAACCGCCAUUAUCCACCUCAUAAGAGGUGGUCGGUGCUCAACCAUGUCAACAUGGGCAGACUUUUCGACUGCUCCGAGCCUCGGGAUCGAGUUUACGCACUUCUGGGGCUGUUGGACGCGAAAAUCAGGGACAGAGUCCACGUCGAUUAUGAAAAGCCUGUAGAAGAGGUAUACACAGAAUUUACGAAACUCAUCAUUGAAUCAAGCCGUUCAUUAGAAGUACUAGUAGAUGCUGGACUUUGUCGAGGAUCUUCUUCCUGCCCCACUUGGGUCCAGGAUUGGAACUUGCGUCAGCCAGAGAGUAAACAACCAUCCGCAUUAUCUUACAGAAGCUACUCGGCUUGUUGUUCGAUUAGGCCACUCGGUACAAUGAUUAAGGAAAAUUCUGAGCUGGCAAUUCGAGGCAUAGAUGUGGAUUCUGUUCUCGCCACCGUCGAAGUCCCCGGUGAUGACCUACUGGCUGACUCCUCACAUCACAUGACGGGUGCUAAAGGCCUAUACGCUUGGAAGGAAUAUUUCAAAGAUUACCCAACUGGCUGUGACCCUUUACAUGCCUGGAUAAGAACAGUGUCCGCUGAUAUGAAUGGGGCCGAUAUUAAUGCCCGCAGACUAUCUCCAGAAUUAGUAAAGGCAUAUGAACUCGUACAUCAAUUCGGGGAGUCCCCAGAGGAAGACCAGCUUCUUAUCGCGCGCGCUCAAGGAAAUGACAUUGAUGAAUGGAAGAAAUCUUUCGUGGCAAACUUAUAUCGUUUUCAAUCUGCAGUAAUACCCGCCUCUGUGAAUAGAACUUUCUUCAUCUCGCGCAAGGGAUACAUGGGUAUGGGCCCGGAGACAAUGGAGAAGGAGGAUAUGAUAUGUGUGAUCUUAGGUUGUAACGUUCCGCUGGUGUUGAGGAAGCUGAGAGAUCAUUACCUCCUAGUCGGGGAGUGUUUUGUUUGGGGCUUGAUGGAUGGAGAGGCGAUGAGGGAUAAGAAACUGCGUCAUGUGUUGGAAACAUUUUGCUUGAGAUGAAGCAUAAGGCUGGGGAUGGAACAGAAACGACAAAAAACUAAGUCAUCAACAAUGCCCGUGAACCCAAUUUGAAACAAGCAACGGAAUCAAAAACACUCCAUAGAGAAGCCAAUAGAAACGAAAGGUAACAAAGUGCUUG